AUGUCCAAGUUCUUCGAGAUCCCCGGAUCUCACAAACCUACUAAGAAAGGUGAAGAGCAAGCACUGAGCCGCCCUCAAAAUGAGAGCUUAAGUUAUUUCAAUUACGGUUCUACAAAGCGUGUACCCAAAACAUCAUCAAAACUUGACCCCGACAACCCAAACAAGAGUAAACUCGGAACUUUUGAUGGUGUUUUCGUACCGACUACGCUAAACGUGUUGUCGAUUUUGAUGUUUUUGCGUUUUGGGUUCAUUAUAGGUCAGAUGGGCGUGCUGGGAACGCUUUUCCUAUUGCUUUUGAGCUAUGGUAUCAAUCUACUCACAACCUUGAGUAUAUCUGCAAUCUCUACGAAUGGGACUGUCAGAGGUGGCGGUGCAUACUACAUGAUUUCACGUUGCCUAGGUCCGGAGUUCGGCGGCUCAAUAGGUCUCAUCUUCUUUUUGGGACAAAUGCUGAAUAGUGGUAUGAAUGUUGUGGGCAUAAUCGAGCCCAUCAUGUAUAACUUUGGAACCAGCAUUGAUAGCGAAACGCCAGCUCUCUACCCGCUUUUACGGAGAGGAUACUGGUGGGAGUUCGGUUAUGCUUCAUUCAUACUUCUCAUUUGUCUUAUCAUAUCCAUGGUCGGUUCUGCAAUGGUCUCACGAGCUGGGAAGGUGUUGUUUUGGCUUCUACUCUUUUCGACCUUUUCAAUUCCACUCUCCGCGCUUUUAGUGGCACCUUUCAAUGAUGGAGAGGUUAACUACACGGGCCUCUCUUCAGAAACCCUCAAAAUGAACUUGUAUCCUCAGUUUACAAAGCAUGCUGCGGGAUCUUUAUUAAAAGGAAAAGAAACCUUUAAUGAUCUUUUUGGCAUCUUCUUUCCGGCAACAGCUGGUAUCUUUGCAGGCGCAGGGAUGAGUAGCGAGCUGAGAAAGCCUUCCAAGUCCAUCCCCAAAGGUACUCUUUGGGGACUGGCGUUGACUUUCGCUUGCUAUCUUCUUGUCAUUGUAACGAUUGGUUCUUGUGUUCCUCGCGAUUCUCUUCAUAAAGACGUUCAAAUUAUCCAAACCGUUAGUGCGUCUCAGAUAGUAAUACUGGUGGGAGAGUUGUCAACCUCCAUUUUCUCAAUUAUAGUUGGUAUUGUUGGGGCGGCUUACGUGCUUGAAGCGAUAGCGAAGGAUUCCAUCUUUCCUGGUAUCUCUAUAUUUGAGAAAAAGCCGCUCUACUCUGUUUUGUUUUCCUGGUUUCUCACUCAACUGUGUCUCUUUUCGGAUGUGAAUAAAAUUGCCACAAUAAUUACCAUGGCCUUCUUGAUGACAUUCCUGGUAAUGAACCUGGCCUGCUUUUUGUUAGAGAUUUCUUCUGCUCCAAACUUCAGGCCUUCUUUCAAUUACUUUGACCGAUACACAGCUUUUAUUGGUGGCAGUUUGUCUCUCAUUGCCAUGUUCAUCGUUGACAUGAUAUCAGCAGCAGUGGUUAUUCUAACAAUAUCCACAAUUUUCGUGGUGAUUCAUUUCUUCUCCCCACCAAAACCCUGGGGCGAUGUUUCACAAAACAUAAUAUACCAUCAAGUUCGCAAAUACUUGUUACGUUUACGUCAGGAUAAUGUGAAAUACUGGAGGCCACAGAUCCUGUUGUUGGUUGACAAUCCUAGGACUAGUUGGAACUUGAUCAAGUUUUGCAAUCACCUCAAAAAGGGAGGGCUUUAUGUCCUAGGGCAUGUUACUGUUAGCAAAACCUUCCAAGGCGAAUACGAAGAAAUGAGGAGGCAAACAAAGGCAUGGGUUAAAAUCAGGGACAUGGCUAACAUUAAAGCUUUUGUACAAGUUGGGACUGGCCCUACCCUACCGUGGGGUGUUAGAAAUGUGUUUUUAGGCUCUGGGCUGGGGGGUAUGAAACCCAACAUCACCGUAAUAGGUUUUUUCGAUCUGAAAAACUACCACGAAACUCGAAACAAAGCGUCAGAUGCGUUGGAAAGGGGAAAGUACAGUAAGAAUUUCCAGGGACUGAGAGCGGCUCGCAGAGAUGAUGGGAGCGUGGCUGUUGAGAUACCUGAUAAUGUCGGCUUGCUUCCCACUGAUGAUUGUAAAAACGAAAGGAAGAUAAAGGUUCAGCAGUGGGUUCAAAUAAUAGAAGACCUCUCCUUGAUGCACAGUAAUAUUGCUGUAGCGAGAGGAUUUCUAGAUCUUUCACUGCCUAGCAAAGGCGACCAUUCCAAGAAGAAAAGAUUCAUUGAUCUUUAUCCCAUACAAAUGUCGGCGAAAGUCAUCCUCGAAGAAAAUUCCUCAGAAGGCAUCCUUGCCACUAACUUUGACACGUAUACACUAAUUUUGCAGCUCGGUGCUAUUCUGGUCACUGUCCCAUCUUGGAAAAAGACACAUCAGCUGCGAGUUGUGGUAUUUGUUGAGAGUGAGUCAGAGAGACAUGACGAAAACAAGAGAAUUACGAACCUCCUUGGCAUUCUACGUAUCGAGGCUGAGGUAGUGGUGUUGUCGUUAGAUCAAUUCCGGGUAUACAACACCAUUAUAAAGGGGGAUCCAAUCCAAGUGCAAGAAGUUUCAGACGUUUUGAAAGAUGAUCCUUGGUGGGCAGAGCUUGUGGAUGCAAGAACAACCCACAAGACGCGGAGACGUUUUAGCGCUGGUGCCCAUCCAAUGGCAGAAAUUCCAAAGAAUGCAAGGAGAACCACGCCCAAAUACAAUGUUUCGCAACUUCAAAGACUUGGGGUUUCCAUGACUAUGACUUCAAACUUCUUGAAGGCCAACUUGAGCAUUACAGAUCUAUCGGAUGAUGAGGACACUUACAUGGAUCAAGAUUCUGAAGUUCUUGGAGAUUCAUCGUCCAAAAUAAACUCUGACAGGGAGGAUAAUAAUCAAAGGCCAGCUACAAACAGUUCUAGAGACAACUUGCGGCCAAAAACAAGCAGAGUUUCCGAUGAAAGGUCUGUGAGAUCCUUGAUGCCAGUAUUCUCCAGUGAUGCAAUUCCAAAGACAAAAGUCAUCGAGGACGCAAGCGGGGACGAACCUUCUCUUGUACCUGUGGUCGAAGGUGCGGAACUCCAUCCGCCCGCAUUUGACAAACGAACAACCAAGAAUCGGGUACAAACUCCGCUUUCGCCUUGCCAAUCGAGCGAAAGCUUAUUAGCUGAUCUACGAGGGCUGACUUUUAACGAUGUCCCUAGCAGGGCUCAGCAUCUGAUUUUGAAUGACGUCAUGAGCCAGGUUUCAAAAGAUUCUGAUUUGAUUUUUUCAACGCUGCCUAUUCCGCCAUUAAACACCCACAAAAGCGAAGAGGGUAGUCUUGAGUAUGUGGAAAACCUUCACGUGUGGUUGGCUGGGCUACCACCUACAAUGCUGAUAAAUUCCAAAUCUACCACAGUCACCACUGCUUUGUAG